UAUAAUCCACGUCUCUCUCUCUCUCUCUCUCUUUCUCUCUCUACAGCAGAGAGCAGUAUUUAGGGGCCUCUGUUCCUACCAAAUGCUUUAAUUUUCUUUGACAACCCCCUUUGAAAAUUGCAGUUUUUGAGCUCGAAUCGCCUCUCUUCUUUUUGUCAAGCCUUUAUCUUCUUCUAAACCUCGACUUUUUCUCUCGUCCUCCCUCAACUUUCCACCAUAGCUUUCGUUACUGGCUUCCCCCCAAAUAUCUCUCUCUGUAUUCACUGAAUCUCACAUACCCUGUUUUGUCUCUCUCUGCUUGUCUGAUGUAUAAGCAGCAUCUCGUGAGUGGUUUUAGCUCCUACCCUUCAGAAGCUUUCGCGUCCUCGGCGAUUUUUUGAGGUGCUCGGUUUCGGGCUCUUCGAUUCUUGAAGAAUUUUCGAUCUCUCUCUUUUUUUCUUCUCUUUUAUCUGUGGGCGAUCAGCAGUUUCGAGAAAUGGAGGACAUGGCUAGGCUCGGGAAGGAAGACGAUCAGAUAGAGUUGCCGCCGGGGUUCAGGUUCCACCCGACGGACGAAGAGCUCAUCACCCAUUAUCUGCAGAAGAAGGUGGGGGACGCUGGCUUCUCCGCCAAAGCCAUCGGAGAAGUGGAUUUGAACAAGUCCGAGCCCUGGGAUUUGCCUUGGAAGGCGAAAAUGGGGGAGAAGGAAUGGUAUUUCUUCUGCCUGAGGGACAGAAAAUACCCGACUGGUUUGAGGACCAACAGAGCCACCGAAUCCGGUUACUGGAAGGCCACGGGGAAAGACAAGGAGAUCUACAGGGGAAAAUCUCUGGUUGGUAUGAAGAAAACCUUGGUUUUCUACAGAGGGAGGGCUCCAAAGGGGGAGAAGACGAAUUGGGUCAUGCAUGAAUACAGAUUGGAAGGAAAAGUCUCUCUGAAUUAUCUCCCCAGGGCUUCGAAGAACGAGUGGGUCAUUUGCAGGGUCUUCCAGAAGAGCUCUGGUGGGAAGAAAAUCCACAUCUCGAGCCUCGUGGCGGCGGGGUCUCUCGAGAACGAAAUGAGCUCCGGCUUGCCGCCGUUAACGGAUUCCUCUCCUCACGAUUCGAAGACGGAAUCCAACCCCGGAUCGGCUUACGUGCCCUGCUUCUCCAGCCCAACAGAGUUCGAAAGGAACAAGGAAAACACGAACAAUUACUUCAACAAUCCCAUGUUCCCCAUCUCCUCGAACCCCACGAACCCCACCCCCAAAAUCUCGCUCUUGAGCCCAGUGUACCCUCACCAGGCCAUCCCCGUCCCAGCCAAUUGGCAACCUGGGGGCCCCGUCUUCAUGCCCGAGCACUCGGUCCUCAGGGCUCUGCUCGAGGGCACCGGGCUGAACGCGAGGCAGAGCGCGAGGGCGGAGCGGGAGGCGAUCAGCAUCUCCCAAGAGACAGCGCUGACCAACGACUUGAACACCGAGAUCUCCUCCGUCAUGCAGGAUUUCGAAAUGGGGAGGAGGCAGUUCGAGGAUCAGCAGCAAGUUCCAUCGACCUUAGCUGGACCAAUGGACGUGGACCUCCUCUGGAACUAUUCAAGUUAGAAAAAAAAAAAUCCGCGCACGUUCCUGAGCAAGAUAAAUAUUGAGAUUGGUCAUUUGUUAUGUUAAAAUUUAUGGGUGAGCGUGGACCUGUUGUAUAGAUUUUCUAAAAUCCCAAGUAGUGAUCGAGAGAUAGUGAAGCAUGGUUUCUGUAAUGAUUGUCUAUAUGCAUUUGUAAGGAGAUUCUAGUUGCAAGUUCCUCAAUGAAUAUUUUAGAAGCGUGAUGUUUCUGUA